UUUAUUAAAUAUUUUAAGCCUACUGUUGAGAGCUACUGGCUUCACAAAAAGAUUCCUUUCAAAAUACUACUGCUUAUUGACAAUACACUUGGUCAUCCAACAGCUCUGAUGAUGUACAAGAAGGUUAAUGUUGUUUUCAUGCCUGCUAAUACAACAUCUGUUCUGCAGCCCACAGGUCAAGAAGUAAUUUUAGCUUUCAAGUCUUCUUAUUUAAGAAAUAUAUUUUGCUAGGCUACAUCUGUCAUAGGUAAUGAUUCCUCUGAUGGAUCUGGGCAAAGUAAAUUGAAAAGCUUCUGGAGAUCAUUCACCAUUCUAGGUGCUAGAAGAGUUGCUUCUGUGGAUGAGCAAACAUCCACAGAAGUAGUUUUUUUUUUGAGAUGGAAUUUACUCAUGGUGAAGAUGCUGUGAAUAUUGUUGAAAUGACAACAAAGGAUUUAGCAUAUUUCAUAAACCUGACUGAUAAAGCAGUGGCAGAGUUGAGAGGACUAACUCCAAUUUUGAAAGAAGUUCUACUGUGGAUAAAAUGCUAUCAAGCAGCAUUGUGUGGUACAGAGAAAUCUUUUGUGAAAGGAAGAGUCAAUUGACACAGCAAACCUCAUUAUUGUCUUAUUUUAAGAAAUCACCACAGCAAUUCCAACCUUCAGCAACCACUACCCUGAUCCGUCAGCAGCCAUCAACACUGAAACAAGACUCUCCAUCAGCAAAAAGAUUAGGAAUCGCUGAAGGCUCAGAUGAUCAUUACACUUUUUUUAAAAAAAGCAUUAAACCAUUUUCAAGAAGGCAGUGAUAAAAUUGACCUGAGCAAACUGCUGAGAUAGAAGAAAAAGAAUUUUACUCAUGCACCUUAAUCGCAACAUGUCCAAAAUAAAACACAUUAUUUUUCACCA